AUGUUUGACGAGGACACCACCACCAUCUGCCCCCCCACCGCAAGCCCCUCACAGAGCAUCGCACUCAUCAACAUAUGGGACCACCAGCAGCCGACUGGCAGCUGCAGCGGGACUGCCAAACGCAAGAGGGACACUGACACUGACACUGGCGCUGAGGGUGUCGAGGGCGAGGGGACGGCGAAGCACCUGCGUCCCGCAGGGGACUGUGAUAACCAUCUGGGGUGGGGCGACAGAGAGAGCGAGAUGGCCGCCCUGCAGCAGAUGCUGAGCUGGUACGAGGAGGACGGUGAGAGCGAGUCGUCGGAGGGGAGCAGCGACGAUUCCUCGUCAGAGGAGGAGAGUGAGAGGUCUGAUACAGACGGUGAGGGGGAGCUGCAGAAGGGGGAGUGA